AUGGACACCCUAGAACUACAAGGCGAAGAGAAAUUAAUUGAAGUGCGCCACCUGCUCGACAUUCUGCGUUCAGAUCUAGACCAGAAAACCCUUCCAACAUCCAAACGGAUCGAAACUCUGCAAAAACUUCGAGUCCAUGGCCGAAAGCCAGAAAACGCGGAUCCCAUAUACGAAAAGGAGGGUAUAGCGACACUCUCCGCCUACGGGUUCGACGAGCCAGAGGCGAUUAUAUAUCGAGAAGCUCUGCGAUGUCUGGCAAAUGCGCUACUGCUUGAGAAGGCUACACGUCAACGGUUCGUCGAUCUUGGAAAUGGAAGGAAAGCGGCAGAGAAGUUGAAGGAGGAUAACUCUGACGAUGAAUUUCUCUGCUCACGGCUCCUAUUCCUAACGACUUAUGACUCUGAUCUGGAUUUUGAUAAGUUGUUUGGCGAAUGUUCAUUGGGAGAGAGCAUCAACAACGGGAAAAAGAAGAAACUUACGUGUAUCGAUGAGCUUGCGCUCUCAGAGACACUCAAACUGAUGUUCAAUAUAACCAAUUACUAUCCCCACCAUACUACAACGUUCUCUCCAUCAAUACCGCAUAUACUCAAGAUCUUAAGUCUUAUUGAGAUCCCAACGCCGCCGUUGCAAGCUCCCGUCAAUUACCUCAUCAACUCGCUGCUGAACCUCGAUCUUGCGGCAGAGAAGAGCAAGCCUUUCAGCACCAACCCACUCUUCCCAAAGUUCGACCAGAACUGCAAUGUGGAUAAGCUAAUUAACAUUCUUGACCAAGCCGUGGCAAUGCAUAAGCCAUCCCACCUAGAGACCCUCGUUGUUCCUCUACUUACCCUUCUCAGAAAGAUAUAUUCUUUUGCCCCGGAAGGGCCGAGGAAAUACAUGGAAUGGCUACUUCUCCCGGAAGACAACGAUCACGAUCUACCUAUCGGCCAGUCUAACACCUUAUCAUCCCGGUUACUACGGCUGUCGACGUCUCCUGUGGCUCCUAGUCUACGGGAUGGCAUUUCAGCGCUCAUGUUUGAAUUAUCAGGAAGUCAUGCCAACGACUUUGUGAGAAAUGUAGGGUACGGUUUCGCUGCUGGGUUCCUCAUGUCGCAUGAUAUGGCGAUUCCAGAAAGCGCAAAGGAAGCCUACAGCUCCAAAGGUACUAAAGAAUUCGAUUCCGCUGUUAAUCCAAUCACAGGCCAGCGUUUUGAUGCAGAGCCCGUAGAUGAUGGGCCAGAAAUGACUGAGGAAGAAAAGGAGCGUGAAGCAGAGAGGCUGUUUGUUCUUUUUGAAAGACUCCGCGCUACGGGGGUUGUUGAUGUUGAGAAUCCAGUCCGAACGGCUUUGGAGCAAGGCCGUAUCGAAGAGUUUGACUAA